AUGUUGCUCGAGCGCGAUGCGAUUGUGGAGCUGCAAUGCCGCUGCAUGCAGGAAAGGAGUUGUUUUUGGCGACUGCACGAUGAAUUGCAUCAACGCCUAUUGUCUAGUAAGCUGGAGCAAUUUCUCAACCAAGUGCGAAGCGAGGCUGAGUUAUGUGAAAAACUGAAGCAGUUGAUGUUGGAGAGCGCCACGGCCGCGCUGGAGAGAGAGGGAUGGAUGUCACGUCACCUUUCCAAGUCGCAGGAACUCUCUCGCAUGGGUGAGCAACACGAGGCGCUCUCUGUUCUACUGACUCAAUAUUUGCGGGAGUUGGAGGAACGCCAGGAGAUGAAUCUAGACCAGGCCUUGCGUCGGAAGGCAUUAGAUGACGCGACACUUAGCUAUGUGCUUCGUCAACGUGACGAGGAAGUUUCGGACAAACUGCAGACGUGGAAGGAUGCACUCCGGGAGGCGCAUAAACUUUUGACUGCGCUACUCAAGCGGUAUGAACCCUUUCAACGUGGAGAUGAAGUUUUUGUCGCGAGGGUGAUGGAAUGGCUGGUGAGCGCUCCACAUGUUAAACAAAUUGUCGAUGCAUGUGCUUGCUAA